AUGCGUGUGAAGACACCGUGGAUCGAAGCCUUGCAGAGGAGUCGCGAAGAUGCACAAUCUGGACAGCAGCCUCGUGCGCAGGGCAAGCCGGAUCUGACGCCGAAGAAGAUGUCGGAUAGUUAUUACAGCGCUAUUCUACCCUUGAGCCAAGAUAAGUGGCUUCUUGAUUCCUAUCUAAAUGCUUCAGGACACAUCCGGCUGGGAGCGCUAUUGAUGGAUCUAGAUGCAUUGGCGGGUAUCAUUGCCUACAAACAUGCUGGUGACUCUGUGGCCACCGUGACUGCGGCAGUGGAUCGGAUCACCAUCGAAAAUCCCUUAAUGGAGAUUUGUGAUCUGGAGCUGAGCGGCCAGGUUACUUAUGCCACGGGGCGAUCCAGUAUGGAGGUGUCCCUCCAAGUCACCAAAGUGCCAGCGGAAGGCGAGCAGGUAAAACCAGAGGAUGUUCUGAUCACUUGUGCCUUCACCAUGGUCUCGCUCGACCCUGCUACGAAGAAGCCUGUUCCCAUCGCUCCUUUGUUGGUGGAAAAUGCAGAGGAGCGACUUCUCUUCCACCAGGGAGAGGAGAAUUACCAGGCGAAGCGAGCUCUGAGGACGAGGAGUCUUCUUGAAAAAGCGCCUGAUGAUGAGGAAAGUGAACUGAUUCACAACAUGUGGACCAAAGAGGUGUCCUAUCUGAAUCCUGAGUCUCCGGCCCAAAGGCCCUCCAACAUGGUUUUCAUGAGCGACACCGUGCUGAAGUCCGCCAUGAUUAUGCAGCCACAAGACCGCAACAGGCACAACUUCAUGAUCUUCGGUGGCUUUCUCCUGAAGCAGACCUUUGAGCUGGCGUUCUGCUGCGCCGCCUCCUUCUCCCAUGCCCGGCCCAACUUCAUCUCCCUGGAUCCCAGCAACUUCGAGAACCCUGUGCCCGUCGGGAGCGUGCUCUACCUGAGGGCGACGGUGGCCCACACUGAGCCCGUAGAGAGAGACGGCACCACAUAUACAAAAGUGCAGGUCCGCGUGGACUCCAAGGUCCGGGAUGUGGAACAUGGUAGCAAGAAGUCGACGGGUCAGUUCAACUACACUUUCCUGGUCGAGAAGGAUAUCCAAGUGAUGCCCCGGACGUACGGCGAAUUUAUGCUCUGGACCGAUUCGCGCAGACGGGCGCAGAACGCUGCGGCUAUGGUUCCUGGUUCCAAGGAGCCCAGCACUCUCCGCAAUAUCAAGGAUAGUGUAACCGAGUAG